GGCCGCUCCGUGGAGAACAACAGGCUACCUCCCUCUGUCCUGAGAUGCUGCACAGCUAUGGGACAAAGGAAACAAAAAAACCCUUAUGAAUCAAGGCUGCUAUCUAACAAAGAGCCAUAAAAUCAAUAUCAACGUGAGAUCCUAAAUUAGGGGAACAUUGUGAAGACAGCACCUUUUAAUUAUUGGUCCUGUUUUUUAAAAAUAUUCUGAGCUAUUUAUUGUAAAGAAUUCACUCCUUAGACAGUAUUGUCAAGUGUUAAGUAAAGGAAGGUGAUGCUCGUCUGUAUUCAGUCGAGAUACCACUAUCAGUAGUGGCUUGUGAGGCACUAAUGUUGUGUGUUGAGAGAGGCUUCUUGUGACGGAGCUGAGCUGCUGUAAAUAGCGAUGUGGGAUAAAACAUGCACAUAACUAGAGGGGUCCAGUCCGGCCCAGUCCUACUGGCAGGGCAGUCUUUGCUCCAGCACCCAGCCCUGCAGCAGCUCCCAUGUGUCCUCAUGUGGCACUAGUUACUGACUGACUGACAGGAGUCCACAGAAGCUACGUCUGCAGCUGCGCCAUGACUUCAUCGGACAAUGACGAAACAGGGAGCGACCUGUCUGAGUCUCUGGAGAUCCAUGAGCUCCAGGACCAGUAUAUGGACCCGGAAAACAGCUUCAAGUCCAAAAGCUUACCCAUCCUGAACGGACCCUGUCGGCAGGACCGAAAGGCCACAGAGCCUCCGCUGGUCAACACCACCCACACCUGUGUGGCCGUGCAGGAGAGCAGCGAGCUCCAGCCCAAAACUCCGGACUCCAGCCAGGCGGAGUCUCCCUCCUCUAGGACAGACUUCUCCCCCUCUGUCUCCAGCAUGGUGGGGCUCAGCAGCUCGUUACCUGUGGAGGGCCACAGGGCCGCCGGCGCCGGGGGUAAAAAACUCGGCUUCUCUCUCACCCGCCUUAUCCGCAUCCCAGCCAGGAAGUACAUGCGAGUCAUCCUUCGGGACUCCCGCUGCUUCCUGUUCUGCAUGUGCUACCUGACCUUCAUUCAGUCCCUGAUGGUUUCGGGCUACCUGAGCAGUGUCAUCACCACCAUCGAGAAGCGCUACAGCCUACGCAGCUCUGAGUCCGGCCUGCUGGUCAGCUGCUUCGACAUCGGCAGCUUGCUGGUGGUGGUGUUCAUCUCCUACUUCGGCGGCAGAGGUCAGAGGCCACGCUGGCUGGCCGUGGGUGGCGUGGUCAUCGCUGUAGGGGCGGCGUUGUUUUCCCUGCCCCACUUCAUCUCACCACCGUACCAGAUCCAGGAGCUUAACUCCUCAGCGGGCCACGAAGGCCUCUGUCAGAGCGGAAACGGCAGCGGGCGCGAGCUGCUCGACGUGGCAUCGUGCCCCCGCGACCAGGAGGGCAACGAGCACAACCUGUAUGUGACUCUGUUCAUCUGCGCCCAGAUACUGGUGGGCAUGGGGUCAACGCCAAUCUACACCCUGGGGCCCACCUACCUGGACGACAACGUGAAGAAGGAAAAUGCAUCUCUCUACCUGGCCAUCAUGUAUGUGAUGGGCGCCCUGGGGCCUGCAGCUGGCUACCUGCUCGGAGGCGUCCUCAUCGGCUUCUACGUCGACCCCAAAACUGUGGUCAACAUUGACCAGAGUGACCCCCGCUUCGUCGGCAACUGGUGGAGCGGCUUCCUCUUGUGCGCUGCAGCCAUGCUCCUAGUCAUCUUUCCCAUGUUCGCGUUCCCCAAAAAGCUGCCUCCACGCCACAAAAAGAGGAAGAGGAAAAAGAUCGGCUCGCCCGGCGACGUGUCCAGCGACGACGACGUGAUGAAGGAAAAGUCCGGCAGCAAAGGCCAGAACGUCUCCUCCUCCAUGGGCUUUGGGAAGGACAUCAAAGACCUCCCCAAGGCAGCACUGAGGAUCCUCAGCAACAUGACCUUCCUGUUCGUCAGCCUGUCGUACACGGCAGAGUGUGCCAUCGUCACCGCCUUCAUCACCUUCAUUCCCAAGUUUAUUGAGUCGCAGUUUGGUAUCCCCGCCUCCAACGCCAGCAUAUACACUGGUGUGAUCAUCGUGCCCAGCGCCGGGGUGGGCAUCGUGCUCGGGGGCUACAUCAUCAAGAAGCUGAAGCUCGGCGCCAGGGAGUCGGCCAAGCUGGCCAUGAUCUGCAGCGGGGUGUCUCUGCUCUGCUUCUCAACGCUCUUCAUAGUGGGCUGCGAGAGCAUCAAUUUAGGAGGCAUCAACAUACCCUACACCACCGGCCCGACCCUGACGAUGACCCACAGGAACCUGACGGGCAGUUGCAACGUGAACUGUGGCUGCAGGAUCCAUGAGUACGCUCCGGUCUGCGGCUCCGACGGCAUUACCUAUUUCAACCCCUGCCUGGCUGGAUGCAGCACCGUGGGCAAUGACAGCACUGGGAUCAGGAACUACACCGACUGCGGCUGCGUGCAGAGCAGGCAGGUCAUCACUCCGUCGUCCGGCGGCCAGGUCAACCAGCUCCAGCUGGUCAUUGUCAAAACCUACCUGAACGAGAACGGCUACGCUGUGUCGGGGAAGUGCGACCGCACCUGCAACACCCUCAUCCCGUUCCUCAUCUUCCUCUUCAUCGUCACUCUCAUCACCGCCUGUGCCCAGCCCUCCGCCAUCAUCGUCACACUCAGGUCGGUUGAUGAACAGGAGAGGCCUUUUGCUCUCGGGAUGCAGUUCGUCCUGCUCCGAACUCUUGCCUACAUCCCCACGCCCAUCUACUUCGGUGCUGUGAUCGACACCACCUGCAUGCUGUGGCAGCAGGACUGCGGCGUGCACGGCUCCUGCUGGGAGUACGACGUCACCUCGUUCCGCUUCGUCUACUUCGGCCUGGCCGCCAGCCUCAAGUUCGUCGGCUUCAUCUUCAUCUUCCUCACCUGGUACUCGAUCAAGCACAAGGAGGACCGAGCCGAGCGCUGGCGCCAGCACCUGCCUCCGCUGGGCACCGUCAGCGAGCUCAUCUGCCACGCCGGCGGCCACAAAAGUCACGCGCGCACCCGCUCCUGCCCCGUGUUCAUCCCGCCGCGGCCAGACCCACCCACCGCCCUGCUGCUCAACCGCGGCCACAGCAGCCUCAGCUGCCCCGGCAACGCCCUCAAAGCAAUAACCCCUCCCAUCCUGUUGCCGCAUCACCACAGAGGCUCCGCCCAUGUCUGAGAGCGCGCCAAGCCUCCCUCGCGGGGAUUCAUCAUGACAUGUGCCUUCCUGUUUGUGUUUCUGCACCGCGCGGCGUCUGCUUUACACCAAUCAGACACCAGGCGGGGCUCCGCAGCUGCUGUAAGACUGACGGGCAGAGACACAGGUGCGCCCACCAUAUUUAAAGGGCUGCUCAUUGUCGUUUAUAAGAACAGGAGGCUGACAGAUGUUCUUUUAUUCUGAGCAUAUCAUCAGCUGCAGCCACACGCAGCAUCCACGCCGAGGUCCGGACAGUGUAAAGACAUCACACGGUGCUACUGUUAAAAGGCGGGGCAUUAAAAUCUCUGUACAGACAGACGAGUCGUCACCAACACAGCAUCUAAAGCACAACUGACACACCUGUACUAUGCAAGAUCCAAUGUACAGCUCCCCCCUUCUCAGUACUGUACAGCUCCCUCUGUAUUCUACAUCCGUACCUCUUUCCUCUUCCCUGCUCUGUUCAUACAUCCACGUUGUUGUCAGGCUCAUUCAUAAUCCCAUCUCCCCUUCAGUCUGAGCUGUGAACAUAUCAGUCUGUGCAUUUGAGCCAUUCCACCCUGUUCUCUUGUUAUGUUUGCAUCUUCAGAAUCGCCACAAGUGGGAUUUCUUUUCUUUUUUAAUUCUCUCACCUCUUAUUUUCCCCUUCCUUUUUUCGUAACAGUGCCUCUCAGGCUGUCUCGGCCAGUCCAGUAUACAAAGCUAGCUACCAGGGUAAUGCUAGCUACCUAAAAAGCCAGUCACUGUCCUCUCAGUCGAGCGACGGCAUUCUGCUUCGUUGCUUUUGUGUUUGGUGACAGUCGCCACCGAGCUUGAGUCGCUGUGCUCGGAGGUCAGAGUUUCUCAACCAUGUAGCUUAAAGCCAACAAGCACCAGUGGUACAAUGUUUUAAAUGACUUCUAUGAAAUGUCGAGUCUUGUCAGUGAGCAAGAGAUCUAUAUUUCAUAACACAUCACUCUACUUAACCAUUACAAUGUGUAAUAAUUAUCCAAGUGGCAAACAUGAGAGAGGAGUAGGAAAGGUAUCUCAUCUCUGACCAUGUGCUAAAGCUACUGUGUGUCCAAAAAGAUGUGAUUGUACUUGAAGGUGGGAAAGCGACGGAGAUUCAAAAUGUGGCAAACCUGCUGUUUUCUUCACAAAUUUGACCCGUUUCGAACGUCUACCGAGCAAAAUGUUCAAAAUCUAUUCUAUUGCAACUACAAAUGAAAGGAUGCUUCAUCUUGGCUUUGCAUUGCAAUGGCUUCUCCAUUCUAACGGCCAUCAGAUGUACAUAGUAGUUAUAUUGUAGUCUAGGCUUUUUAAAAGACGAGUAGUGUGGCAAGCAUGUAAAACAGUGAACCUCCUUUUAUCAGCAAGAGGGAUCUGACAUCGAGUGUUCAGUUCCUGGGUGUUUGGGGCCCUCUAGUGGACAGAGAGAGAUGAUUGUGCGAAGGCCAGUGAAUGUUGCCGUUGUCUGUACUAUGACAUUCUUGGUUAAAAGGUUAAUUAUUAAACUUUAUCACUGCACUGAAUUUAGCUCUCCAGCUUUCCAAAGAUAUACUCGAACAAAAGAGCCCGCAGGCUUUGACAUGCAACUAAAUCUUGCCUGCGGUUUUGGUGGAGAGGUCCACACAGUGGGUAUAUGGCAGGAAUCAGAUUAAUGUGUCUGAACAGAAGCAUGUUUGACCCGAAGUGGUUCAAUAAAAUUGUGUAAUUUUCUUUUAGCUUGAGCUCAUGUUAUUUUUUUUUUAAGGAUCUAGUGUUCGCAGAGCAGUGGAACAGGUGGUAAUAUGGCCUUUUCAUGUUAAAAAAAAGAAGAUUUGUUUAAUAUUAAGUAUAUCAGGUGAAUUUGUGGCACGUCGUUUUACAGCCACAUUUUUACGUGUAUUUUUCUUUUCUGAGGGGGGGAUAAAAGUCUAAUAAAGAUAUUGUAUUUUAUAUUCUGAUCAGUGCGACUUCAUUUUAGCUAUUAAAAGUUUAGGUGGAAAUAAAAGGAGAGUCCAAUGCAGUGAAUACAUUUUAAAAGUUAACAUUUUUGGCCAAGAUUUGUAGUAUUAUGCCAGGUGAAGAUUAUCAAGUGGUAAUGACAGUAACUGAUUUGAGUAUUAUUGUGACUUAGUACCUCAAAUUACACAUUCAUAAGUGAUCAUCGUGUAAAUAUUGACAAAGCAAGUGAAGCGUAUUAUAGAGCUCUCACAUAGUUAGGAGCAUAUUUAUGAACUAAUCCAUGAUGUUGUAGUAAAAAAAAAAGGAAAAAAAAGAGGAAAAAUAAUUAA